AUGGACUACCAGAACCGCGCCGGUUCCAAGUUUGGCGGCGGCGGCGUGGCCUCCUUCUCGGCGACCAACGCGGACCGCCGGGAGCGGCUGCGCAAGCUCGCGCUCGAGACGAUUGACCUGGACAAGGACCCGUACUUUUUCAAGAACCACGUGGGCACGUUUGAGUGCCGGCUGUGCCUGACGGUGCACCAAAACGACGGCUCGUACCUCGCGCACACGCAGGGCAAGAAGCACCAGACCAACCUCGCGCGCCGCGCCGCGCGCGAGCAGCGCGAGGGCAAGGCCGCCGCCGCCGGGCUCGACCCGGCCACCGGCCUGCCCGCGGGCCUGCUGCUCAACGGCGCCGGCGGCGCCGGCGGCAUCCACAGCUCGCGCCGCAACAUGGUGCGCAUCGGCAGGCCCGGGUACAAGAUCACAAAGGUCCGCGACCCCGUCUCGCGCCAGCAGGGCCUGCUGUUCCAGCUGCAGUACCCAGAGGCCACCGCCGCCGACGCCGCCCCCAAGUGGCAGGUCAUGAACGCGUACGCACAGCGCGUCGAGGAGCCCGACCGCGCGUUCCAGUACCUGCUCGUCGCCGCCGACCCCUACGAGACCGUCGGCUUCAAGAUUCCCGCCCGCGAGCUCGAUCGCCGCGAGGACAGGCAGUUUUGCUUCUGGGACCCCGACGCCAAGGAGUUUUGGGUACAGGUCAUGUUCAUGACGGAGAGAGAGGCCCGCUUCAACGCCGCCCCGGGUUUGACGUCGAGGUAG